GCGCAGUGCCCCGGGGGCGGCCUCGAGCACCGCCCCCCGCCGGCUGCCCACGCCGCACUCCGCCCUGGACGCCGCCGGUCCCGGCGCAGGGGUGCGGCGGCGGGGAGGGUGCGAGCGGGCCCGGCUCAGCCUGAUUUACGGCUCUGCUGAAAACCGCUUUGCUCCCGCAGCAUCAGCACCGGGGGCGGCAGCGGCGGCGGUGGCUGCAGCAACAAGUCGGGACUUUCAGAGUAAUGCAACAGAAGGCUUUGGAGGAAAGCAGAUAUCCUUGGCAGGAGUCCUUUGAGAAUGUUGCUGUUUGCCUGCCAUUCCGCUGCCCGAGGUGUGGAGACCACACCAGAUUUAGAAGCUUGUCGUCGCUGAGGGCCCAUCUGGAAUUCAGUCACAGUUACGAAGAGAGAACCCUCCUGACAAAAUGCAGCUUCUUCCCACCUCUCAAAGACACAGACCUAGUCACUGCAGAACUCCUGAAACCCGGGAAACUGCAGAGCAGCGGCCCGGGGGCAAAGCAGAGACCAGGCUAUGUUAACUUGUACAGCAUUUCGCACGAACACUCCAAGGACCGGAAGCCGUUUGAGGUGGCGGCUGAGAGGCCUGUGUCCUACGUGCAGACCUACACCGCGGUGGACCUACGCACUGACUCAGUGGAUGGGCUGCGGUCGAGUCCCGGGCUCCCCACUUCCGACACCAAAGCUUCUUUUGAGGCACACGUCAGAGAAAAAUUCAAUCGGAUGGUCGAGGCCGUGGACAGGACCAUCGAGAAGAGAAUCGAUAAACUCACCAAAGAGGUGGCCCAGAAAACUGCUGAACUGCUGGAAGUUCGGGCAGCUUUCGUGCAGCUGACUCAGAAGAAGCAGGAAGUUCAAAGACGAGAGCGGGCCCUGAACAGACAGGUGGAUGUGGCCGUGGAAAUGAUCGCUGCGCUGAGGCAACGCCUAACGGAAUCUGAGGAGGAGCUUCUAAAGAAAGAGGAAGAAGUUGUCACAUUCAACCAUUUCCUGGAAGCAGCAGCUGAGAAGGAGGUGCAAGGCAAGGCUCGCCUCCAGGACUUCAUCGAGAAUCUGUUGCAGCGAGUAGAACUGGCCGAGAAGCAGUUACAGUACUAUCAAAGCCAGCAGGCCUCCGGCUUUGGCCGUGACAUCAGUGAGCACCUGCUUACAGAUAUCUCCUCAAAUAAGAAACCCAAAUGCCUCAGCCGUGGGCACUCACAUUCAGUGUGUAACCACCCAGAUCUCAAGCCCCAUUUCCACCCGAAGGGAAGAAGCUACCUGAAGAAAGUUAAGGAUGACAGAGCCAGCAUGCAGCCUGCCAAGUCCAUGCAUGAGCAGGCCGAGUCCUCAAGGGAACUCUGCAGACUGCCCAAGAAAGGCGAGUGUCUAGGCUUCAGCCGGAAAGGCAACAUCCGGCCCAAGAUGGCUAAGAAAAAGCCAACAGCAAUUGUGAACAUCAUCUAAAAGGGUGGAGAGCUUUGGGCUACCGUCACCCGGCUUUGGGGAAUGUAAACCCAGGGCCACUCCUGAUAUGAUUGGACACAUGCCAUGGUGAGACACUGGGAAAGCCAAGGGCAUCACCCAGGGUUGCAGAAUGUAACAGAUGGGAAUCCCAGUGAACCGGAAUUGUGUCACAAGUCUCUUCUAGAAACAAGAGGUGCAUUACAGAAGGAGUUCUUAAAAAAAAAAA